AUGACGGACUCCCCGUACUACUCCGAGGAGCUGCCUUCUGCAGGCCCGUUGCCAGAGAAGUUCGCGGUCGACGGCGAUAGGGAGAAGCAACGUGAGUUUCCCACAGUCGCUCAACCUCCGCUCGCUAACCGUCGCCCCGUCGCCCCAGUCUCGGUCGAUAAGGAGCACCUUGUCGUUGCCGACCCCGAGUUCGACGACCCCAACAUCGACCCAAACGCACUCCCCCUCGAGGAUGACUCGCCGUAUCCCGAGGUGCGCUCCGCCGUCGCCAACACGGACGACCCGGACAUGCCCGUAAACACCAUACGCGCAUGGGCCAUCGGCCUCCUUUGGUCAAUCAUCCUGCCCGGCAUGAACCAGUUCUUCUUCUUCCGUUUGCCGGGAGUCACCGUCACUGGUAUCGUCGCGCAACUGUUGGCCUUCCCUCUCGGUCGCCUUUGGGCCGCUUUCAUGCCCCGGGUUAAGAUUUUUGGCAUGCCCCUGAAUCCCGGUCCUUUCUCUGUCAAGGAGCACGUCCUCAUUACGAUCAUGGCCAACGUAGGAUACCAGUCAGCGUAUGCGACCGAUAUCGUCGCCGUGCAGCGCGUAUACUACAACCAAAUCUAUAAUUUCAGCUACCAGUGGAUGGUUGUUAUGUCCACUCAGCUUAUUGGCUUUUCGAUUGGCGGUAUCGCACGUCGCUUCCUAGUAGCGCCCCCGUCCAUGAUCUGGCCCACGAACCUCGUCACCUGCGCGCUGUUCAACACCCUCCACUCGCAGCAUUACGCGGGUAUGGGAAACCGCGGAGGCAUCUCCCGCGAACGGUUCUUCGUCUACGCGUUCAGCGGCUCCUUCCUGUGGUACUUCUUCCCCGGCUACAUCUUCCAGGCGCUCAGCUACUUCAACUGGGUCUGCUGGAUCGUCCCGGACAACCUCGUCGUCAACCAGCUGUUCGGCUACUACUCCGGCCUGGGGAUGUCCCUCAUCACCUUCGACUGGUCGCAGAUCGCGUACAUCGGCUCGCCGCUCGCGACGCCGUGGUGGGCGUCCGCGAACGUCGCCGUCGGCUUCGUCGCGUUCUUCUGGGUGCUCACGCCCAUCAUCUACUUCACGAAUACGUGGUACUCCGCGUACAUGCCGAUCUCGACGCGCACGAGCUACGACAACCGGGGGCUCGAGUACAACGUCACGCGCAUCCUCACGCCCGAGUCGACGCUCGACCUGAAGCAGUACGAGGCGUACUCGCCGCUGUUCCUCUCCACGACGUUCGCGGUCACCUACGGGCUCUCGUUCGCGAGCAUCACGGCCACGAUCAUGCACACGAUCCUGUACUUCCGGAAGCAGAUCUGGAUUCAGAGCCGCCGGUCCCUGUCGGAGCAGCCCGACAUCCACGCCCGCCUGAUGUCGAGGUACCCCCAGGUGCCCGAGUGGUGGUACGCCAUCGUCUUCGUGACCAUGUUCGUGUUCGGCGUCGUCGCCAUCGAGGUGUGGAACACCCAGAUGCCCGUCUGGGCCCUCGUUCUCGCCCUGAUCAUAUCGUUCGUGUACACCAUCCCCGUCGGCAUGAUCCAGGCGAUCACGAACCAGCAGGUCGGCCUGAAUGUCAUCACGGAGCUCAUCAUCGGCUACGCGCUCCCCGGGAAGCCGAUCGCGAUGAUGAUGUUCAAGACGUUCGGGUACAUCACCAUGGCGCAGGCGCUGCAGUUCACGUCCGACUUCAAGCUGGGCCACUACAUGAAGAUCCCGCCGCGCGCGAUGUUCUGGGCGCAGGUCGUCGCCGCCGCCGUCGGCGGCACCGUGCAGCUCGGCGUGCAGGCGUGGAUGUUCACGAACAUCCCAGACAUGUGCGCGCCGGACCAGAAGGACCGCUUCGUGUGCCCGUCGACGCAGGUCUUCGGCACCGCGAGCAUCAUCUGGGGCGUCAUCGGCCCGCAGCGCCAGUUCUCCCCUGGGCAGAUCUAUUACGGGCUCGUGUUCUUCUUCCUGGUGGGCGCGCUCUGCCCGCUCGCGGCGUACCUCGUCGGGCUCAAGUGGCCGAACUCGAUCCUGCGCUACGUGAACUUCCCGGUCAUCUUCAACGGCACGAGCUACAUCCCGCCCGCGAGCGCGGUCAACUACGUGCCCUGGACGAUCGUCGGCUUCGUCUUCAACUACGUCAUCCGCCGCCGCCAUUUCUCGUGGUGGACGAAGUACAACUACAUCCUGUCGGCAGGACUGGACUCGGGCGUCGCCAUCUCGAUCAUCCUCAUCUACUUCGCGCUGUUCUACCCCCAAAACGGCAACGUCGGCCUGACCACCAUCCAAGCGUGGUGGGGCAACGUCGUCUCCACCAAGACCGCCGACUUCGGGCCCGGGGGAGCCGGCACGCCCUUUUCCGCUCUGCCACCCGGCGCGACCUUCGGGUAA